AUGCCCCUGUCCCUGGGAGCCGAGAUGUGGGGGCCUGAGGCCUGGCUGCUGCUGCUGCUCCUGGCAUCAUUUACAGGUCGAUGCCCCGCAAGUGAGUUGGAGACCUCGGACUUGGUAACGGUGGUGCUGGGCCAGGAUGCAAAGUUGCCCUGCUUCUACCGAGGGGAUCCGGGCGAGCAGGUGGCGCAGGUGGCAUGGGCUCGGGUGGACGCGAACGAGGGCCCCCAGGAGCUGGCGCUCCUCCACUCCAAAUAUGGGCUGCACGUGAGCUCGGCCUACGAGGGCCGCGUGGAACAGCCACCGCCGCCGCGGGACCCCCUAGAUGGCUCCGUGCUCUUGCGCAACGCCGUGCAGGCCGACGAGGGCGAAUACGAGUGCCGGGUCAGCACCUUCCCGGCCGGCAGCUUCCAGGGCCGGCUGCGGCUCCGAGUGCUGGUGCCUCCCCUGCCCUCCUUGAAUCCUGGUCCUCCUCUGGAAGAGGGCCAGGGCCUGACACUGGCGGCCUCCUGCACAGCCGAGGGCAGCCCAGCCCCCAGCGUGACCUGGGACACGGAGGUCAAAGGCACCGCCUCCAGCCGUUCUUUUGCGCACUCGCGCUCUGCCGCUGUCACCUCGGAGUUCCACCUGGUUCCUAGUCGCAGCAUGAAUGGGCAGCCGCUGACCUGCGUGGUGUCCCACCCUGGCCUGCUGCAGGACCAGAGGAUCACCCACACCCUCCAAGUGGCCUUCCUUGCCGAGGCCUCCGUGAGGGGCCUGGAAGACCAAAAGCUGUGGCACGUUGGCAGAGAAGGAGCCACGCUUAAGUGCCUGAGCGAAGGGCAGCCUCCUCCCUCAUACAACUGGACGAGGCUGGACGGGGCUCUGCCCAGUGGGGUGCGAGUGGAAGGGGACACCCUGGGCUUCCCUGCGCUGACCACUGAACACAGCGGCAUCUACGUCUGUCACGUCAGCAAUGAGCUGUCCUCCAGGGAGUCCCAGGUCACUGUAGAUGUUCUUGACCCUGAGGAAGCCCCGGGGCAGAAAGUGGACCUUGUGUCGGCCUCGGUGGUGGUGGUGGGUGUGAUUGCUGCACUCCUGUUCUGCCUGCUGGUGUUGGUGGUGGUGCUCAUGUCCCGGUAUCAUCGGCGCAAGGCCCAGCAGAUGACCCAGAAGUAUGAGGAGGAGCUGACCUUGACCAGGGAGAACUCCAUCCGAAGGUUGCAUUCCCAUCACUCGGACCCCAGGAGCCAGCCGGAGGAGAGUGUAGGGCUGAGAGCCGAGGGUCACCCUGAUAGUCUCAAGGACAACAGUAGCUGCUCUGUGAUGAGUGAAGAGCCAGAGGGCCGCAGCUACUCCACGCUGACCACGGUGAGGGAGAUUGAGACGCAGACGGAGCUGCUGUCUCCAGGCUCUGGGCGGGCCGAGGAGGAGGACGAUCAGGAUGAAGGCAUCAAACAGGCCAUGAACCACUUUGUUCAGGAGAAUGGGACCCUGCGGGCCAAGCCCACGGGCAACGGCAUCUACAUCAAUGGGCGGGGACACCUGGUCUGACCCAGGCCUGCCUCUUGCGCCCAGACCUGGCUCCUUCUGCUGACACGGGGGGUUUCGGCUCAUUUUGAGGGAGGGGGCCUCCUGGAGUGCCCCCCUAUCUUGAGGAAGAUGCUUCCCACCCCACUGACUGCUCCACCUUUUCCUCCAACCUUUCUGUUCAUGGGGAGGGCUCCCCAGUGAGCGCCUCCUACCGAGUGAGUGUGUGUGUGUAGGUCACCGUGUACGUGUGUGUGUGCGUGUGUGUGUCAGUGCUCAUCAGCGUCCAGGUGAGCGGCCGCGUGUGGACCACAGGUGCGGGAGACUCCUGGGGCUCGCCAGCUCAGUGUGACUUGAACAUCACGUGGCCGUGUGACCUCUGCCUGUCAAUGCAGACAUUUUCCGCAGACCCCAGAGCAGUAUUAAUGAUGCAGAGGUUGGAGGUGAGCGGUGAAGGGUGGGCCAGACCCAGGUGUGUGGGCGUGGCUGGAGCUGGAGUCUGGCCCGCCCCAGUCGGGGAGCCGGGCUCCCGCUACUUGGGGAGCCCUGGGGCAAGUGUGAAGCAGCUGCCCAGGGGUCUGCUAGAGGUUCGGACUGUUCCAGAAGAAGCCCUCUGCCCUCUGGUGGCCUGUGCAACUGCUGCAUGUACGUGUUUUCUGUAAAUAGGUUUUCCCAGGGGAGCAGCUUUCCGGACCGCUGCUCCUAAUCCCCUAACACGAGAAAUGACUUUUGAAAACCUUUGCUAUCUCUCCACAUUUGUUACUGGGGUCGCUUCAAGUGAGGCCAGCCUCCAAGGGAAUUCAGCAGAGCUGCCCUCACUGGGGCCCCACCCCAGGGGGUUCAUUCCUGUGCCUGAGUGGAUGGGGUCUGGAAUUAGGUGUGUGAGCCCCGUGGUGUUUGGCUAAGGGAGGAGGAGCCCGCUGGGCUUGGAGCCCUGGCCUCCUCUCCUGUUUUAGUUGCAUCCACAGUUGUUUGCGGUCCCUUGGGGGAGUUGCUGGGACGUGGUGACAAGGGCUCCUGGUUUGCUGUGUGUAGGAGGGAGAGGGUAGUGACUGCAGACCAAGGGGGUGGGGUGUUCAGGCCAGGUGACCCAGGUGCUGGAGGUGAGGCUGUCCCUCCCCCCCCCCGGGGGGGGUGGUUUCUAGGUCACUGAUUCUGCCCUCUUCCUGCAGGUUCUCUGGGGUGGGGGCUGGGGCUCUAGAAGGCUUGUUUUUACCCAGGCCACCCAAAGACACUCAGCCAGUGUUUCAGGCCCUGCUUGGCCUGAAAUCGGUGGGGUUUCUGGACUGAGGGGGAGGCUCGCAUCCUCCCCUGGGUCCCCAGGCAGCCCAGGACUCCGAGCGUGGGACACGCAGA